CGUAUCUAUAAUGGUAGCCUGAUUGUUAUUUUAUUAUCUCUACUUAACUAUCAACAUCUAAUCCUAUUUAGGUGUUCACCUCAAACUCUUAUAUGUAAUGCCGAUGAUACUUUCGAUUUGGACGUACUUGACCAAGUUUUUGAAAAGUGUUGAGGUUACAAUAAGAGAAAAAGUUGCGAGGCUCUAUAGUCGUCGUUCUUUUCGAUGUUUGGCGUUAGAAACAACCGCUCAGACACUGUAGCGGUCACAACCCUGGGUGCCUUCCAAAAUUAACCUACCGACCCCUGAUGGUAUCUUAUCAGCCGCGACCGUAUUUUUAAACAAGCUCGGAGGUAAGAGCAAUUAUAAUCGCCCCACCACAAGCCGCGAUCGGCCGCGAUAAGCCAAAUAUCGACCGAUUGCUUCCAAUUUAUUUCAUUACCGAGCUCCCCUCUCCGACGACACUCGACUCCCCUCCAGUCCGGAUGUUCAAUAUCUUUCAAUCGACCCUUGAUUGACCCAAUUGACAAAGAUGAAGACAUCACGAGUUAUCGCUCGAGCCGGGAAGGGCGUCCCGGCUCUCCGUGCUCCGAGAGAGCAGCAGGCCCGUCUCCUCUCCAGCGCUACCCUUUCCUCCGCAUCGACCUCGCGAACGCUACGUCGACAAUCCAAGCUCUCUUCCCACCCAAUCCCAACCUCCACCAGUGCCGUUCUCCCCCUCCAAGCCCAUCGAAGCUACGCCGACGCCCCUAAGACCGACGAGCCCUUGCGGAAGACCCAGCUCUACGACCUGCACAUCGAGCACGGCGCCAAGAUGGUGCCCUUCGGCGGGUACCAGAUGCCGGUGAUAUACUCGGACCAGAGCGUGAGCGAGUCGCACCUGUGGACGCGGAAGAGCUGCUCGCUCUUCGACGUCGGGCACAUGGUGCAGCACCGGUUCCGGGGCGCCGGCGCGACGGCCUUCCUGCAGCGCGUCACGCCUGCCGGCGUCGAGGGCCUGAGCCCGCAGAGCAGCACGUUGAGCGCGCUCCUGCACCCGGGCACCGGCGGCAUCGUCGACGACACCAUCAUCACGAAGCUGGCCGACGGCUCUUCGUACUAUGUGGUGACGAACGCCGGGUGCCGCGACAAGGACCUCGCGUACCUGGAGCGCGAGCUGGAGAAGUGGCGCGACGAGGGCAACCCGCCCGUCGAGCAUGAGGUGCUAGAGGACCAGGGCCUCGUCGCCUUGCAGGGCCCCACCGCGCACCUGGCGCUCGCGGACCUGCUCGAGGACGCCGCCGCGGUGGAUCUUCCGAGCCUGCUUUUUGGUACGGUGCGCUCUGUGUCGCUGAAAAUUCCGUCCGACACGAACUCGGGAUCGGAGAAGUACCACGUCGUCAAGGACGUGCUCGUCAGCCGCGGCGGGUACACGGGCGAGGACGGGUUCGAGAUCAGCAUACCGCCGGAGCACACGGCGGCCGUGGUGGCGCACAUGCUAAGGCAGGACAGCGUCAAGCUGGCGGGCCUCGGCGCGCGCGACAGCUUGAGGUUGGAGGCCGGCAUGUGUCUGUACGGGCACGACAUCGACGACUCGACGACUCCCGUCGAGGCGGCGCUCGGCUGGAUCGUGGGCAAGGAGCGGCGCGCGGAGACGGAUUUGGGUAAAGGCGCGUUCUACGGCGCAGACGUGAUCCUCGCGCAGCUUACGCCCAAGAGCAAGGGCGGGAAGGGCGUCGAGCGGCGCCGCGUCGGGCUUGUUGUGGAUGGGGCGCCGGCGAGGGAGGGCGCGGUUAUACUGGAGGGCCCCGGAGGCGACGAGGUAGGGAAGGUGACGAGCGGGUGUCCGAGCCCGAGUUUGGGAAAGAAUAUCGCGAUGGGGUAUGUGAGGGACGGUUUGCAUAAGGCGGGUACGGAGCUUAGGGUUGUGGUUCGUGGGAAGGAGAGGGGCGCGGUGGUUACGAGGAUGCCGUUUGUGCCGACUAAGUAUUGGAAGGGCGGUGUUUGAGGAGUUGGAGUUUGAGCUGGGGAACUAACUGAAGGGGCGGUGUGGAUAUUAUGGUAGGUAAGUAUGUCUUGCUGGGAUGGUGGAUUAUAUGAGGUAUAUGUUGUGUGCAUGGCAUGGGAUUAGCCUAGAGAAUUAGAGUAUGUGGACAGGGGGUGGGUGGACUAAGCAUUUAUGUGUUACCGGGUACGCUGGACGAGAUAUAUAUGACAUGUAUGGAUAACGAGCUACAUACAUUACUUCAACACCAACGCAAACGGGGGCGUCGGGUUGGCGGAUACCCACAUAGGUAGAUGAUACCCUCAACGAAAAAUCUACGUUUCAUGAAUUUUA